UUGUGGGUUGUGGCUGACCGAACCUGGCAACUCGGCAGUCUGGCCAUAGCGCUGAAAAACUUGUUGUUGUCGGGGAAAAUGGCGUCAAACGUAGAGGCCCCGGAGCGCUGGUAUCUCGCCCUUCUCGGCUUUGCUGAACAUUUUCGAACGUCUAGUCCGCCAAAAAUCCGCCUCUGUGUGCACUGUUUACAGGCAGUGUUUCAGUUUAAGCCUCCACAGAGGAUCGAAGCCCGUACACAUCUUCAGCUGGGCUCAGUUCUCUACCACCACACCAAGAACAGCGAGCUGGCCCGCAGCCACCUGGAGAAAGCGUGGUUUAUAUCUCAACAAGUCCCUCAGUUUGAAGAUGUUAAAUUUGAAGCAGCCAGCAUUUUGUCAGAGCUCUUCUGCCAACAGAAUUUGGUGGACUCUGCAAAACCCUUACUUCGCAAGGCUAUCCAGAUUUCACAACAAACACCAUACUGGCACUGCAGAUUGUUGUUCCAGUUGGCGCAACUUCAUACUCUGGAGAAAGACUUGGUUUCAGCAUGUGACCUGCUGGGGGUUGGAGCCGAGUACGCACGAGUGGUUGGGUCAGAAUACACAAGGGCAUUGUUUCUCCUCAGUAAAGGAAUGUUGCUGCUAAUGGAGAGGAAACUCGGCGAGGUGCAUCCUCUACUCACACUAUGCGGAACUAUUGUAGAAAACUGGCAGGGAAACCCCAUCCAGAAGGAGUCCCUGAGGGUCUUUUUCCUGGUCCUUCAGGUCACACACUACCUGGAUGCUGGACAGGUGAAGAGCGUGAAGCCAUGUCUGAAGCAGCUGCAACAGUGCAUCCAGACCAUUUCUACACUCCAUGAUGAUGAAAUUCUGCCCAGCAACCCAGCUGACCUCUUCCAUUGGCUGCCUAAGGAGCACAUGUGUGUCCUUGUCUAUUUGGUGACUGUCAUGCACUCCAUGCAAGCAGGCUAUUUGGAGAAAGCCCAGAAGUAUACAGACAAAGCUCUUAUGCAACUAGAAAAACUAAAAAUGUUGGACUGCAGCCCCAUCCUCUCUACCUUUCAAGUCAUUCUACUGGAGCACAUUAUCAUGUGUAGACUUGUCACAGGCCAUAAGGCCACUGCAUUACAAGAGAUUUCACAGGUGUGUCAGCUUUGCCAACAGUCCCCCAGGCUAUUCACCAACCACGCUGCUCAGCUUCACACGCUAUUAGGCCUAUACUGUAUCUCAGUGAACUGCAUGGAUAAUGCAGAGGCACAGUUUACCACAGCCUUGCGGCUCACCACGCACCAAGAACUGUGGACGUACAUUGUUACCAACUUGGCCAGUGUCUACAUAAGGGAAGGAAACCGACACCAGGAGCUUUACAGCCUCCUUGAGCGAAUAAACCCAGACCAUAACUUCCCAGUAAGCUCCCAUUGCCUCCGUGCUGCAGCCUUCUACAUCAGGGGACUCCUGUCCUUCUUUCAAGGACGCUACAAUGAGGCCAAGCGUUUCCUGCGGGAAACUCUGAAGAUGUCAAAUGCUGAGGAUCUAAACAGGCUCACUGCCUGCUCUCUGGUUCUGCUUGGCCACAUCUUUUAUGUACUGGGCAACCACAGAGAAAGCAACAACAUGGUUGUACCUGCCAUGCAGCUGGCCAGCAAGAUCCCUGACAUGUCUGUUCAGCUUUGGUCUUCGGCCCUGUUGAAAGACUUGAACAAGGCUCUUGGGAACACUAUGGAUGCUCAUGAAGCAGCACAGAUGCACCAGAACUUCUCCCAGCAGCUGCUGCAGGACCACAUUGCUGCCUGUAGCCUCCCUGAGCAUAACCUCAUAAGUUGGACUGAUGGCCCUCCUCCUGUCCAGAUCCAAGCCCAGAACGGCCCAACCACCAGCCUUGCAAGCCUGCUAUGAGAGACCCCCUGUCAGACUUACCUAUAACGGUAGCUGGUAUAUUAUCACAAGCAGCAGAUUGAUGCCUAACAACCUGCUGUCAGACCACUGUAGCUGAGAUUUGAGAGGAUUAUUUGCUUCUCAAGAUUGCUUCCUGAUUGUCUGCUAUCACAUUUUUAAUUGUUGCAAAACAGUUACUACUGUUGUACAUGUAUUUUACGCUCUCUGAUGGCAUGAAGGCUUACAGGGCAUGAGGACGGGGCCGGACUCUUUGAGUAGAGUAGCGAAGGACACAUAGCGAUGUGCGAAAGGACCUCUCUGCCUCAGGUGUGGAGAUGCCUUCUCAGCGUUCGCAUGCUUUGUUUUCCGUUUGUUGGAAAAACAAGAUGGUAGAUGGGGGGGCAGGAAAGAAGUGUAGAGGAAAUUAAUUUAUUCAUGUUGAUAUUUUUGUAACUGUCGAUUAAUAUUUUACAUCUUGCCUUUUUUGUAUGGAUUUUUUUUCUUUUUUUUUGUUUUUCAUGCAUGGAAGUUACUGAGGUGGACUCCCUGUACACAAGUUUGUGACCUGGGUUGCUAACAAUAAAAUUUUGGUAGAUCAUUUUCGCACAAAAUCCAUAUUAGAUAGAAUAGACACAUCUUGUAAUAUAUUUUCACACAGUAAUCAGUUGAAAGGUUUCAUGAUACAAACUGGCAGUGUGCUUAUAUUUUAUCAGUGCACAAUCCACUGUGUGCAGUACCUCUGUGGACCAGAAAAGGCCUCUGUGGGUCGGUUAAUGAACAAUGUUGAAAUACUUCUGAAUUUUAUAUCAUUGGGUGGCUGUGAGGGUUACCACAUACCCUCUCAAACAACACAUUAAACUGAUGUAUUUUUGAAGUUCCAUAAUAUAUAAAUUUCCCAUUGAUGUAUUAAUUUUUACAAAUUAUGUUUGGACUUUUGGAACUUAGAGUAAUUUUCAGAUAUCCAAAAGCAAAUUUAUUUUAUUUUGGUAUAUUAUAAUUUCUCUUGAUAGUUCUACUAAAUGGUUUCUUUACAGUAUGUUUGUAUAGAUUUGCCACACGUUGAACCUUUAUUGUACAGUGACAUUUUAUAAAGUCAAUUUAGUAAAGUGUGAUAUGUAUUUUUAGCUAUCCCAUGUAGACAUGAUCCCAAUGCUUGGUAUUGUACUCUUUAAGGACACAGUUUAAGCUUGAGUACUAGCCAUAUUCUAUCCAAUGCCUAUGUUUUUAAUGCUUACAUUGUUUUCAAUAAUUUUCCAAUAAAAAUGAUUGAAAUUUUGUAA